GAUGGAAUCUGUUAUUUACGCUAUGAUGAUACAAAUCCUGAAAAAGAAGAAGAAAAAUUUUUUAUUGGUAUUCGUGAAAUGGUAGAAUGGCUUGGUUAUAAACCAGCUAAAAUUACUCAUUCUUCUGAUUAUUUUCAACAGUUGUAUGAAUGGGCUGUUAUGCUUAUUAAAAAAGAUUUAGCAUAUGUCUGUCAUCAAUCUAGUGAAGAUAUAAAAGGUUUCAAUCCACCUCCAAGUCCCUGGCGAAAUAGACCAACUUCAGAAAGUUUACAAUUAUUUGAAGAUAUGAAAAGUGGUUUACUUGAGGAAGGUGAAGCCACAUUACGAAUGAAAGUAACAUUAGAAGAAGGUAAACAAGAUCCAGUUGCAUAUAGAAUAAAAUAUACUCCACAUCAUAGAACAGGAAAUCAAUGGUGUAUUUAUCCAACUUAUGAUUUUACUCAUUGUUUAUGUGACAGUAUAGAGAAUAUAACUCAUUCUCUUUGUACAAAAGAAUUUCAAUCAAGAAGAUCAUCAUAUUAUUGGCUUUGUAAUGCUUUAGAUAUUUAUUGUCCUGUGCAAUGGGAAUAUGGUAGAUUAAAUAUUAGUUAUACAGUUGUUUCUAAAAGGAAAAUCAAUAAAUUGAUUGAAGAAGGCAUUGUAUCAGAUUGGGAUGACCCAAGAUUAUUUACAUUAACAGCUCUUCGUAGGCGAGGUUUUCCUCCUGAAGCUAUAAAUAAUUUUUGUGCACAAAUGGGUGUAACUGGUGCUCAAGUAAUUGUUGAUCCAAUUGCUUUAGAGGCAUCUGUCAGAGAUGUCUUAAAUAUAACUGCAAGUCGACACAUGGUAGUUUUAGAUCCAUUAAAAAUAACUAUUAGCAAUUUUCCCCACGAAAAAUCCAUAAAAGUAACAGUUUUUAACUUUCCUAAUGAUCCAGAUAAAGGCAAACAUGAGAUUGAUUUUGAUGAAAUUGUAUAUAUUGAAACAUCUGAUUUCAAAGAGAAAGCAGAAAAAGAUUUUAGACGUUUAACACUAAACCAAUCCGUUGGUUUAAAGCAUGUAGGAAUAGUAUUAACAAUCAAAGAAAUUGAAAGAGAUAGUACUGGUAAUAUUGUAAAUCUCAUAGUCAAACAAGAAUCUAUUUCUGAAACUAAUAAACCUAAAGCCUUUAUACAUUGGGUAUCAAAUCCUAUAUUAGCAUCCAUUAGAUUAUAUGAACGUUUAUUUAAACAUAAAAAUCCUGAAGAUAUUAAUGAGGUACCAAAUGGCUUUUUAAGUGAUAUUAAUUCAGUCACUAAAAAAGAAAUUGUUGGAUAUAUUGAUAAAAGUUUAGCAAAUUCGGCAAAAAUUUUUGAGAAAUACCAGUUCGAACGUAUAGGCUUUUUUUCUGUAGAUCCUGAUACGUUACCGGGAAAGCUUGUUUUUAACAGAACCGUAACAUUAAAAGAAGAUGCAGGAAAAAUAUAAAUAGAAUUAUUACAUUUAAGCAAUAUAUAUUUUCAACUUGAUAGAUUCAUCAUCAAUUUUUAUAAUAUUUUGUUAUGAUAUUUGUAAAAUAAUAAUUUAAAAAAUUAUUAGAUAAUUAAUGGAUAAAUAAAAAGCUAUUUAAUUCAUCAUGCAAGAUUCAUA